GGCGGGAGCGGGACCCGCAGGGCCAGAGCGGCCGAGGCGCCCGGAGCGGGCCGGGAGAAGCCUUAGGUACUGAUCCACCUUCAGACCCUGUGCAAUGGAAGCUGGUUCUGUGGUACGAGCAGUCUUUGAUUUCUGUCCCAGCGUCUCUGAAGAGCUGCCCCUCUUUGUGGGAGAUGUCAUCGAGGUGCUGUCAGUGGUGGAUGAGUUCUGGCUCCUCGGCAAGAAGGAAGGUGUCACAGGGCAGUUUCCAAGCAGCUUUGUGGAACCUGUGGAUAUUCCCCCUUUGAAGCAGGGAGAAAAACUGUUUGUUUGUACCAGUGACUUCACGUCUCAAGAGCCAGGGAGCUUGUCAUUGCAAAGAGGAGACCUGGUGAUCCUGGGGGGGUCCCUGGCCUCGAGCUGGCUCCAGGGCCGAAGCAGCUGGGGUUCCAAGGGCUUUUUCCCUUCAUCAUGUGUGCGGGAGUUAUGCCUUUCGGUUCAGAGCCGUCAGCUGUCCCAGAGUGCUCUCCUGGAAGUGCCUGCCUACUCACUGGGCCAAGCCCGGGCCCUAAUGGACUUGUCUGCUCAGCUAGAGGAGGAAUUGGACUUCCGGGAAGGGGAUGUGAUCAACAUUGUUGGCAUCCCAGAGCCUGGAUGGUUCGAAGGUGAGCUCAGAGGCCAUAGGGGCAUCUUCCCAGAGGGUUUUGUGGAACUGCUUACUCCUCUGCGAGCAUCAGGAACCUCAGUGGAUCCAAAACCCACAGAGACUUGUGACACCAAUGGGACAGUGGAAGCACCACCCAAGGAGGAGGAGAAGCCAGGGAGCACUUACGGUGUUGCCCUUUAUCAGUUCCAAGCGCUGGAGUCCAAGGAAUUGGAUUUUGAUGUGGGUGACAGGAUUCGAAUUGUAGGCGUUCUGGAGGAUGGAUGGCUGGAAGGGGAGCUGAGGGGUCAACGUGGCAUCUUUCCACACCGAUUUGUGAGGCUAGAAGCCUCUGAGGCUUGCAGGGAUAAGGCAGGUGCUGAGGAUCCCCAAGAUGCGGGCAGCUGUGGAGUGACCAUCCAUGAGGACCUGGGAGAUACUUGCUCUGAAUCUCUUCCUUUGCCAGGAAAGGAUGGCAGGGAAAAGGAGGAUGAUUUAGCAGCACACCCCGAGCCUGACACCAUUUUGACUCACCAGGUAGGGAGAUCAGGGGAUCCUCUUGCCACUGACUUGAGACAGCAUGAUGCCUUUCCCAGCACAGGACACCAAGGACCAUAUGCCAAAGGCACAGCAGACUCCAUUCCCUUUGGCCAUACGAAGACAGUCAAUGGCCUUCUCCCAUCUGCUCAGCUGCCUCCCCAACAAGGCAACAAGCCUGACCAAGCAGGUGAGCUGGAGACUGAAAGUACUGUUUCAGCCUCCCCAGGAAACUCAGAAACUCACACCCUACCUGAGCAUGAUGGAGACCAUCCCACUGUGCUCCUGAAAGCUCCCCGCUUUCCCCAGGAUCCUUGCAGGAGCCAAGUGACUUCUCCUAAUAACUGGACAGCAUCUGAGCCCCAGGAGAGCCAGAGCAGUGCCCAGGACCUGGACAAUUGUCUGGACAGCCAACAGGAGAAGUCCAAACCCUGUUCCUCCAGCCUGGGAGGUGCUCAGGUGGGCCUGGACACACGGGCUGGGAGCUCGUUGGAAUGCUCUCCACUUGCAGCACAGGGGGAUGGCUGCACAGACCUUGACUCCAAACUGACUGAGCAGCUGGCACAGUUUGAGAAGAGCCUGUCGAGUACCAGUGCUGAACAGGACAAGGUCUCUCGCCACUUCUCUAUCUUGGACUACAGCUCUGAGAAGGACAUUGUCCGUGGGUCUCCUGAAUCUGCACCCCUCACCAGGCAGCCGGAGAGGAGGAAGGCCCUGCGGCCACCUCCUCCUCGGCCCAGCAGCUUGGCAACAACUGCUGUGCACACACUGGGUGCCCAGGUGCCCAAAGGCAGGUCUCUGUCCUUCUCUGUCAAGCCCUCACGGCCUGCACCCCGGCCUCCAAGCAACCAACGAAAGAAUGUGGCCCCUGCACAGCUGCAGCCCAGUGCCCAGGAGCAGCGGGUGGAGGAGGGACGUGAGGACUUGACGUGGGCAGGAAGAGCUUCCCCCCACUCCAUUCUGCUGACAAGGAUCAGAGAGGUGGAACGAGACCUGGAGGCUUAUGGCAAGACCCGUGCUGAGCUAAGUCUGAUGCUGGAGGGGCAGCAGGAUGAGCUGGUGAGAGCAGAGACCCUGGAAAACCUUGAUUUCUGUGACUCCAAUAUUGAGAGCCUUAGCAUGGAGCUGCAGGAGCUGAGAGAGAUGACUCUCCUGUCCUCCCAGACGCCAGUCCUGGAAACAUCCUCAGCUGCUGCCGAGAGCCCCGAGCAAAGGAUGCUGGAGAAGAGGGCCAAGGUUAUUGAGGAACUGCUCCAGACAGAGCGGGACUAUAUCAGAGACCUGGAAAUGUGUGUGGAGAGGAUCAUGGUGCCCCUGCAGCAGGCACAGAUGCAGAACAUAGACUUUGAGAGUCUUUUUGGAAACAUCCACGUGGUGAUUAGCUUCUCCAAGCAGCUGUUGUCCACCUUGGAGGCUUCAGAUGCCAUCGGGCCAGUGUUCCUGGCACAGCGCGCAGAGCUGGAAAGUGUCUACAGAGUGUAUUGCCAGAACCAUGAUGAGGCCAUUGCACUGCUGGAAACCUAUGAGAAGGAUGAGAAGAUGCAGAAACUACUCCUGGACCUGCUGGAUAGCCUCAGGAGCCUGUACAGUGAGUGGGGCUGCACAAACUACAUUAACCUGGGCUCCUUCCUCAUCAAGCCAGUGCAAAGGGUGAUGCGGUACCCGCUGCUGCUGAUGGAGCUGCUGAGUGCCACCCCUGAGGCUCACCCUGACAAGGCACCGCUGACAGCUGCUGUCCUUGCUGUCAAAGAAAUCAACGUUAACAUCAAUGAAUACAAGCGCCGGAAGGACCUGGUUCUGAAGUACCGGAAAGGUGAUGAGGAUAGCCUCAUGGAGAAGAUCUCCAAGCUCAACUUCCACUCUAUUAUCAAGAAAUCCAACCGUGUGAGCAGCCACCUCAAGCAUCUCACAGGCUUUGCGCCCCAGCUGAAGGAUGAAGCCUUUGAAGAGACAGAGAAAAAUUUCCGGAUGCAGGAGCGACUGAUCAAGUCCUUCAUCCGGGACCUUUCUCUCUACCUGCAGCACGUCCGGGAGUCGGCUUGCAUGAAGGCACUGGCAGCAGUGAGCAUGUGGGACUUGUGCAUGGAGAAGAGCAGUGGGGACUUGGACCAGUUUCAGAAAGUGAAUCGACUCAUCAGUGACCAGCUCUUCUCCAAAUUCAAAGAGCGGACGGAGCGGUUGGUGAGCUCGCCACUGAACCAGCUGCUGAGCAUGUUUGCGGGGCCCCACAAGCUGGUGCAGAAGCGUUUUGAUAAGCUCCUCGAUUUCCACAACUGUACGGAGAGAGCGGAGAAGCUGAAGGACAAGCGAACGCUGGAGGAGCUGCAGUCUGCCCGUAACAACUAUGAGGCCCUCAAUGCCCAGCUGCUGGAUGAGCUGCCCCAGUUUCUGCGCUUCGCCAAGGAGCUGUUUGCCAGCUGUGUGAGGGGCUAUGCCGAAGCACACUGCGACUUUGUGCGCCUGGCCCUGGAGGAGCUCAGACCUCUCUUGUCGUUAUUGAAGGUGUCCAGCAGGGAAGGGAACCUCAUUGCCAUCUUCCAGGAUGAGCACAGUCGAGUCCUCCAGCAGCUCCAGGCCUUCACCUUCUUCCCAGAGACUCAGGCAGCUCCCAAGAAGCCUUUUGAGAGGAAGAGCAUGGAGCGGCAGUCUGCCCGGCGACAGCCCAUUAUUGGCUUGGUGAGUUCCCUCUGCCCUGUAUCAGAGCUUGCAGAGUUCAGGACAACAACUCACACCUGCCUUGUUCCUCUGCAGCCCAGUUACCUCCUGCAGUCUGAUGACAUCCGAGCUGCCCUCUUGGCCCGCUAUCCCCCAGACAGUCUCUUCCAGGCAGACCGCAAUUUCAAUGCUGCCCAAGACCUGGAUGUCUCACUGCUGGAAGGAGACAUCGUGGGUGUCAUCAAGAAGAAGGACCCCAUGGGCAGCCAGAAUCGCUGGCUCAUAGACAAUGGGGUGACCAAGGGCUUUGUGUAUAGCUCAUUUCUGAAGCCCUACAACCCACGCCGCAGCCAGUCGGAUGUCUCUGUGGGCAGCCACUCUUCCAACGAGUCAGAGCACAGCAGCUCUUCUCCCCAAAGCAACACUACACUGACCUUCAGCCCCAGCGGGGAGGCCGUCACCUUCACUCAGAAACCCCUGCAGGACUUGCCCUCCACAGCAGACCCAUACCAGUCCCCACAGCCUUCCUUAGAGGUGGACUCCCCCUCAUCAUCCCAGCUUGGCUCUGCAGACAGAACAGCCCCGCUGGAAGCUGCUCCAGUGGUGUCCCAGCGCCGCUACAGCCGCCCUGAGCCAGGCUACAGCACCCACUCUCGCAAUGGGCACCCGUCCAAAGCCCAUCUCAGGCCUGUGCCCUCUGUGGAGGACAGAGACUCUGGGCUGGAGAGCAGCGAGUCAGAGGGCAACCAGGUCUAUUACGCUCUCUACACUUUCAAAGGCCGAAACACCAAUGAGCUGAGUGUGUCAGCUAACCAGAGACUCAGGAUCCUGCAGUUCGAGGACAUCACAGGCAAUCAGGAGUGGUGGCUGGCCGAGGCGCAUGGGAAGCAGGGCUAUGUGCCCUCUAGUUACAUCCGGAAGACAGAAUACACGUGAGGUGGUGGGCAGGACCUUGCACCCUAUGCCUUGAUGCUGCUGGGACUGCCAGGAGCCUCAGGGAGGCUGGCCAGCCCUGCAGCCCCCAUUGCUCACCCAGAGAUGUCCCUUACAUCGCUGCAGUACUCCUGAGCCCCAGCAUGCUGGCUGCCACCUCCCUUCUGUGGAGGCAGAAGGGUGGGCUAGCAGGGCAGGCAGCUUGUGUGAGGGCAGGGGUGAGUUCAUCUGUGCUGUUCAAGCCUCCUGUGUCCAUCCAGCCAGGAGCAGGGGAGCAAAGCUUCGGCCAUGGCCCAGGAGCAUUAGGCUUGAACAAGGCUGAGGAGCCACUGUGAGUUUAAAUUGUGAAGGCUGAUGAUGAGUUUCUGAAGUCCAUCUGUAGCCAAGUAGUGUUAAAAGCAACCCAGCUCUUGUGAAGUAGCAGGAGUCUGGUCUCGCCUCUGUGGGCAGGACCUCAGGAUGGGACAUGUACACACCACCUGGGGAGCAGCUCUGAAGUUUGCUGGGAGCAGUUGAGCUCCAGUGCUGGGAUGGCCCCAGCCUCUGAACACCCCACAGCAGUGCCCCAGUGGGUGCUUUGUCCCCAUGCUUGGUCACAGGCCUCUCCAAGCUCUGCUGCUUGGUUCUUGUCUUCCAAGUGAGCCAGAAAUCCAGAAUGCCGUCUUCCCUUGCCAGUGCAAUAGCUCCAGUGCGCAAGACCCGUCUUUGCCCUGACAAACCCACCUUGCUGCUUUGAGCUGGGGCAAGGCAGAAGGCAAAGCACAGGCUGUCUUCCCAGCCUGGUAUUUUGGGGCUCUUCCUGCAGGACACUGGAGGUACAUAUUCAAGUUGUGGGAGGGCAAGGCCUUCCCCAUGUGGGAUGUGGUACCCUUUGUCAGGGUGGUGUGUCCUACCCACUGCUGCAGUGCCCUGAAGAAGGGAAGCUCCCUUCUCUUGGGACAAUGUUUGUAUUUGCUGUACUGCUGCUCUGUAAAUAAAGAUUUGUCCUUGUA